GGGACGUAAGCAAAGUUAGAGAAUCGUGCGUUUAGAAAAAAAAAUGUCUUUGGCUGUUUCUUCUCAGGUCUGUGAUACACCUGGUUGUGGAGAAGCAGCUAAAUUACAGUGUCCAACAUGUAUCAAAAUUGGAAUUCCAGGUUCAUUUUUUUGCUCUCAGGUAAAAUUUUAAAAAAAAAUACUCAAAACUUAAUUAAUUCGAAGCGAGAGUCAGAGCAGAAAAGCAUUCUCAGACUCUGAAUUCCUAGCUAGAUAUAAUAUAAGUAUUUACAGUUAGAUUUUAGUUUUAGAUCAUUCUACUUUUUUCACUUUGAACUAUCUAUGACUUUGUGAAUGUUGAUUAUUUUAUAUUUAUUCUAUGACGUGAUAUCAUUGAAUAAAAUCAUUGAGUGGCAAUACAAAUCUUCUUCUUCUUAUAUUUGAGGGGCCCACGAUCAAUUUGUUGAUCAUUCUGGCUCCUGGUUUUAAUUCAGAGUUAGCCUUCUCUUAGAUGGGUUGCCGUCCAAGGCUAACGAGUCACAUCCACCCGGGGUGCUUGGGAUGGCUUUGAUGGGGAAUGAACUCCGGACCAACAACAGCUAUUUAGUUUGAGACAGUUUAGACCGCUCGGCCACCCAGCACCUCAAAUACUAAUAUAGUAAUAGACUAAUAAUAGUAAUAGUAAUAGUCGGUCGAAGUAGAAUAAUUAGUAAUCUAUAAAAAUGAAAAGACAUGAACGACAAUUAUGUCAUACUCAUACUCAGAGGAAGUAGCAGUCCAGGCUUAAUAUUUGUAAUGUUUAGGCUUAGGAUGAAUAAGGAGUUAGGGUUUCUGUUUUCAUUAUCUGUAUCUAUUGAUAUUGUCUCACUCUCUUGCGUUUUCAUUAUCUGUAUCUAUUGUCUCACUCUCUUCUUGCGUUUUCAUUUCAUUAUCUGUAUUUGUAUUUAUUCUAUUGUCCCACUCUCAUGUGUUGCCAUCAAAGGCACUGAUUUGACUGUGAACUGUUUGGCUAAUAAAAAACAUUUCCUUUGGCGUCAUUCUGUCUUGUUAAAGUUGUAGUUUCUACUAAUAAUAGUGAUAAUAAAAAUUAAAUUAGACUUAUUUCUACUAUACAAUAAAUGUAAUUAAAUUAAGCAGAUCAUGAUGAUUCAUAGCAGUUACAAAUUCAAAGAAAAAGGUGUCAGUUAAUAAAUGAAUAGGCCGUAGCGUAACUUUACAUUCAUUAGCCUACAACUACAAUUACACAAGUUGCCAUAAAAUUUUCAGCCACUUUUUAGACAAAAUUUUGUCAAAAUGAUGAUUUGUCAAAUUAGUUUAGGGAGUCAAAAAAUUUGUUUUUCUUAACUAAAUUUAAGAUCACUUAUCAUAACGAAUUAAAUUCAUUCAAUUUAAGGCUCAAGAAAGCAUUUUACACGUUAGGAGUAAGUAAUAAGAAGUAUAAUACCUUGUCUUUGAAGAAUGCUGACCAUAAAAAAUUAUUGACUCUUCUUUGGUAUCUUUAUGUAGCUGUCCUGAGCGUAACUUUAAUCUUUUACAUUUGUCACGUGUAAUGCAAAAUUCUGUUAAUUACACCAAAAUCUAUCAGAUGGUCAUAGUGCAUUGUAUGUGGCUUUCCAGUGAAAGAUGAAAUGUUGCAUGUUUUAACUUGAGCAACUAUCCAUAAGGAUUUUGUGAAGAAGCAUUAAACAUUGUGGGGUCCUUUUGAUAUUGUGAUGCGAUAAAAGUAAUUUUUUCAAGUUGUCCCCUGUUUGUCCAUUUGUUAAUUUGCUUUUCAAUCAGACAAAAUAGGCUUUAAAAUGUUAUUGUGGCAGUAAAUAUCCCAGCCAAAUUCUUCACAGGUUUUUAAUAGAGUUUAACUUAUAAAAUGGAAGGGUAUUCUUCCAUCCAAUGUACUGUAAUUUGUUUGUCGCAGAAUAAAGUUUAGUUUCACCUGUUAGUAAGAUGAAAGCAACGUCUGGCAAAGAAUUUCAUAUCCAUUUAAUAACUCCAAUGAGUCAAAAGACAGAGACAAAAUAAACUGCUGAUUUUUAAUUUUUAUAUUGUGCAUACGCAACACAUUAUGCCCUUCGUUAUCCCAGGACCUCCAUUACACCUCAAUUUGAGAAACACUGGAUUUGCCACAUUAUUCAAUUUUGUUGGUUUUUAGCAAUAAAUAUUAAGUAAGUUUAAUAAACAUGCUCAAUAAAAUAUUAUUUAUUUAUCAUAAAUUUAAAAUUCUUUUUUACACAGGCCUGUUUUAAAGAAUCUUGGGGUGAGCACAAAAAGCUUCACAAAUUAGCCAGUAAGUUUAUCCUGUGUACUAUUUCUUUAAGCUAUCUGUUUUAAGUACCAACUAGAAGUCAAAGAGAAUCGUGGUUGAACAUGAUUCCCUUUUGUGUGUGUGCUUUAUUUUAUAUCUUUAUUAUGUCAAUCUAUGUUUUUUUCACAGGAAAACAAUCAAAACACUGAGAUUAUUUAAAUUUUCAAAAUAGAACUUAAAUUUUAAAAUUAAAGUCAAUUCUUUUUUUUUUAAAUUAGUUUUUAUUUUAAAAAGCCAUUAUGGCCUAAACAUCCAAGACUUGAAAUAAGGGUCUAAACCAUGGAUCCUAAUGACAUCAAGGGCCACACAAAAAUAGUUCAAUGGCCCAAGGGUUCUAACACACCUACAUAUGUCAUUAUCAAAUGAGGGCCCCUAAUUUGAGAUCCCUGUCUGAGGCUGUGGCUUGUAUGUAUUUAUUUAUAUAUUAAUAUUUAUUCUUUAGCUGAGAAACACAUCUCUUAUGAAGAUUUAUUUAAUAGAUGAUAAUGACACAUUUCCCCUCUAUCUUAACUACUUAGAAACUCCUGUGAAUGGUGAAAAGGAUACCAAUGAACAUUACAACCCUUGGCCAGGUUUCCGUUUCUCAGGCACCUUACGUCCUGCACCAUUGGUAAGUGAAGUCCUCUAGCAUUUUCUUAAGUUUGUAUGGUAAUGAAUAUGUCAUGAAUUUCUGUGAUAAAGUUUUCACACUUUUUAUGUACUUUUGUAUGUCUUUCACUUACAAAUAUACUUAAAUAAAAUUACAUUACAUUGCUACAUUAUUAAUUUGUGUAUUUUAUACCAGAGUGCAACAAGAAUAGUCCCAGACAAUAUUACAAGGCCUGAUUAUGCAAACCAUCCCACUGGUAAAACAGGCUUAAUUUUUUUUAAAACUUAUUAUAAAUAUGGAAAAUUCGGAAAGUUGGAAAGGGCAACCUUAAUUAUAAGAAUUAAGAAAGUUUUCGUUUUAAAUUUUAAAUGUAGAGAAACUGGGAUAAUUGGAAGCCACUAAGACAGUGGUUCCCAAAAUGUUCCCUGUAGCAGACCUGCUGGGUCACAGUGAUGUUUCACUAUUUAUUAUUUCAGUGUUAAGAGUGUUCAAAAUAUGUGCUUGUUAAAUGAUUCUUACAUAAUUUGUUGGUGAAUUGGUAAUGUGCGUUUCAUCUAUUUUAAAAAAAACAUAACUUUACUAAUUUAAUUGAACCCUAAUGGCACUACAACUGUUGGGUAUGCCUAAGUUCUGACUUGAAGGCCUGGGGAAAAAAAUCUUGAUUUAUUAGUGGAAUCCUGACAUGAAAAAGUUUAGGGACAACCUCCCCAAGAGAUAAUAUGUUUUACCUCCUACUAAUAUUUUAAAAUCUAGAGACAACCACAAACAGUUAUGGUGAACCUUUUCAUUGACAGAGUGCCCAAACUGCAACCUGAACACCACUUAUUUAUUGAAAAGUUCCAACAGGGCUGAAUUAGACCUGAAUACUGAGUUUCUAGUUUAGAUGCUGUUGACCACUUGACUCACAUGCAGACAAGAGUGCUCUGGGUGUCAUAGGUUCACCAUCACUGACCUUAAUGUUGUUCUUAAAGGGGGUGUGUUAGAGGUCUCAUAUUGGCAAACGCCGCAGUACAUAUCCCUAACAUAAUAUUUCAAUUAUUUUACAAGGUGUUUCAGACAGUGAGAAACAAAUGAGAGGCACAACCAAUAUAAGGACCUUGAAUGAUGAAGAGCAAGAAGCAAUGCGUGUCGUCUGCAAGGUGAGGUAUCUUUAGGGAAAUAACAAAAAUCCUUGAGUGUUGUACAUUAAAAUGGUGACUUGUCUUACAUCAUCCUUAUCAUGUGUAGACCCAUUUUCAAAAUGUGUAAUGCUGCCAAUUUUUAUUAUUAUUGUUCUAAUACUGUAGAUCAAUGUCUUUAAGAAAAUGAUCUUGCCAAUUGUCUCUUAGUUAACAAUACUAUUAGAGUGCCUGUUUGUUCUAUUUACUUUUACAAUCACUUUUAAAAGAUUCAGAUAAUGAAUUGAACUGCCUUGUCUUCACAGUUGACUCGAGAGAUUUUGGAUGUGGCAGCUGAGGCAACUGCUGUGGGCAUCACCACUGAUGAGAUUGAUAGGCUGGUACAUGAGGUUUGUAACAGAAAUUAGCAUCCCUUUCAUUGCUUCAUUUGUAUUGGUGCGAGAUAUUUAUUUACUACAUGAAAAGUUCAUUUCUUUGUUCUACGAUUUAAAUGAUUUUGUUUAAAAAUCAUUUUUACUAGCCAUAUAAUUGAAUAAUUUCUAGGCUUUAUUUUAUUACCUUCUCCUGGGGAGUAACCUCUCUCCUUCACCUUGGGAGACAGACGUAGUGACAUGAGUUUUUUAGCUUCGGGUAGUCUGCUCUACCUUACUAGUCGGUCGCAUCACGUAGAGGCAAAACUCUUGCAGGAACCGCUGAAGCGGAACUUGGGAAAGAGACCAGGUACCACUCACUUAGUUGAUGUCAUCAUUGAUGAGGUGUGCAAAAUCAGUGAACUAGGAGGCAAGAUCACAGUGCAAUGAAUCCCAGGUCACAUCAACGUUAGUGGCAAUGAGAAAGCGGAGACUUUUGCGAAAACCGGAGCUGCCCAACCUCAGCCAGAAGUACCAAUAACUUAUUUGGGAAUAAAGAACUGGCUGGCGGACAACACGACUGCCAGAGGCUCCUUUUCAAAUUUGCCCACUCCUAGUAAACAAGACCCAUGGUGGGGGUUAGGCCGCAGACAGCAGAGCUUAGUGACGCAAAAGCGCACUGAGCAUUGCCCCAUAGGCACAUACUACUGGCGGUUGGACAACAACAGGGAUCCUGCCUGCGGGCAUUGCAGCCUGGUCCUGUUGACCGAAUAUCCCUCACUAGAUGUCCCUGGGGAAGCCAUGGCGGUUGGAGAACCUUUUGUGAGGAAAAUGUUGCAUGGCUCAGCUCAGCAGAUGGAGUUGGUAGCCAAUGUACUAGCCGGGGUCAUAAAAUAGUAAUCUCAGACCUUCACCAAAGUUCAUUUUAAUAAAUUGAAAUACAAAAUUAAUACUCAUUUAUGUAUUUAUUUAGGCAACCAUUGAUAGAGAUUGUUACCCUUCUCCACUCAACUACUUUGAAUUUCCAAAAUCAUGUUGCACGUAAGUUGUACAUUAUUUUGUUAGAACAAAACUUGCAACACAUAUCAGUUUUGUCAUUUUUACAGAAAACUGUUAAAUUAAGGAUUUAUUUAUUAAAAUAUCUAAUGACCUUGUUGCAACAAUGUUUCUCAUCAAAAUGUUCUGAUUUUCUUUUGUGUGCUUUUCAAAUAAAAAAUGGGUAACAAUUAUGUGUUUUAUGAAAUGGUUUUUAUAAAGUGAAGUGCUCACAAACCUAUGUAAUCGUGUUAUAUUUUAAAAAAAAGUAAUCUUAUCAUAUAAAUGUAGUAUCAAUAUUCUUAAUAAACUUUUUUUUAAACCCAUAAAUUCAAAAAUUCUUGUUAAAAAUGUAAUUUUUAUAAACUUGAAAGGUCCAUAAAUGAAGUUAUCUGCCAUGGAAUACCCGAUAUGAGGCCUUUACAAGAUGGAGACAUCAUGAACGGUGAGAUUCCCAUAAAUCCUUUACCAUAUUAAAGAUAAUUAUAAGAUAUAAUUAUAAUUAAUCCAUAUUUCAUUAACCUUAAAAGUCUUAUAGUCUGAUAUUUGACUUACCUCAAAGUGCAAUUGUUUACUUUUCCUUUACCAAAAGACCUAACUCAUGUGCUUUUGCUUAUGGAAGAAAAACAAUAAAAUGCUAAACCAUGACUUUUUAAAAAACAUUUUAUAUUGUUUCUUUUGUACUAUGCUUUGAAAUUCUUUUAAAAUUAUGCUAAAAUUAUAAAUAUCAGGUUUCAUUAAAGUAAAAUUUCAAUUUGAAAGUUAUUUUCAAAAAUUGUUUUUUUGUCAACUCUUCAUGUGGUUAAUCCAACCCUUUGAUCUUAUGGAGGCUUUUUAAUUCCAUGAAAAAGCCAAAGGAUUUUGUCAUUGCAGAGAAUGAUGCAUCAAAUAGAUAUUAUUGAAGGGUCAUGUUCUAAGAUUUCCUAUGUCUUUUUUCAUUUUUAAAGAUGACAUAGUGCAUAUUGGGCGUUAAACGUUUGCACUGAAUAAUUGUUAGCACAUCUUAAUAAAUAUUUUUUAAAAAAACAUAGUUAAAAAUUUAUUUUUAACUCCUUUUAUGCACAUUCACGGCACACAAAUUCAAAUCUCAUUGUUUUCCCAUUAAUAUUUAUGUCAUGAAAUUAUAGAAAUUGUUUAUUCCUUAUACUGUUGAGCAUUACGUAAAAUCUCAAAGCCACCUAAAUCUCUUGUAUUACAAUAGUAACGGGAAUUCUUUGCAUUGUUCAUUUGGGUUAGCAACAAUUUUUUUAAUAAAUAUUUAUCAAUGCAAAAAUGUGCUAAGCCUAUUUGCCAUGCCUUGGACAACAAGCAAUAUAAAAAUAUUUUUAGGUCCUUUCUCCAAAUAUCGAAAGGGAUAGGAGUGGUGGGGGUUAAGGGGGGAUGGGGGGCGACGACAAAAUGUAAACGUGAGGAUAUUAAUUAGCAAAAUAACCAUGUUUAUAGUGUUAAUGUUUGUUCUAUCAGUUGACAUCUCAGCUUAUCACAGAGGAUACCAUGGAGAUGCUAAUGAAACUUUUUUUGUUGGUAAUGUCAGCGAGAGUGCCAAAAAGUUGGUUAAAACAACAUAUGAAUGUCUCAAAUUUGCUAUAGAUGAAGGUCAGUACCAUUAUUACCCACCGCAUUGCCAAGUUUUUACUUCUAUGAAACAUUAAAAUUUUUUUUUUUAUUUAGUCUGUCCAAAUGUGGCAUUUGGUAGAAAUAAAGUUUAUAAAAAUGAUGUUUACUGAAUGUAUAGAUAAUAAUUAAAAUAUUUAUCAAUAUUGAUGCCUAUUUGACAAUAUGACUUAUAUAGUCAUGGAAAAUAUAAGGUUGUUGUACUAAAUUAUUAUUAUUUUAUACUUGAAAUGGACAGCUGUUUUUAUAGUCAAACUGCAAAUAAAUGUAAAAAAAAGCUUUAUCAAGAUGAGAAUUAAAUUUUUGUGUUAUUUUUUUCCAACAAACAAGGGGCCAUCCAUAAAAGACGUCCACCAAUUUUAUGCUAUUUUUUACCCCCCUCCCCCUUUGUCCACUUUUGACUUGACCCUCUCCCCCCCCCUUCCCCCCNUUUAGAAAUUCCAAUUAUUUGCAGGCAAAAUUCUAAAUGAAAUAAUAACUGUUCAAAAACAUUUUAUUGAAUCACUGUAUUAAAAAAUGUAAUAAACAAAUAAUCCACCAUUCUUCAAUCAACGGAAAAUUCGGACUGCAGCCAUUCAAACAUGUUUCGUAUAAUGACAACAUCUGUUCUUGAGUCUUCAAUUGCUAAUUCAAUUUGAGUGGUAGUCUCUUCAUCUGAUUCGUCUGCCAUAUUAUGUUCACUAGCAGGAAUAUUGCAAUGGACGACCUUAUGUUUUUUCAUUGCCGCCUGUGAUAGGAAAUAUUUACCGCAGAAACAUAUUCUCUUGGAAAUUCUUCCAGCCACCGAUGGACAAUAGAGAUCAAAAUGCAUGCUACUGUAACUGUGAUCGGGCAGUAAAUUUAUGCAAAACUGCUGCACUCAAAAAAACACUACAAUGUGGACAUCCACUUUGUCCUAAACCCCCUCCCCCCCUUUGUCCACUUUAGUCCACUUUUUGCUGAACCCCCCCUCCCCCCUUUUGUGUGGACGUCUUUUAUGGAUGACCCCCAAGUUAAUUUUUCAAUGCAAAGCAUGACCAAUUGAACAAAAAAUUAUUAUUUAGUUGUUGCUCAAAGUAGUCACAGAUGCCUUUAUUUUCAAUCACCAACAUUUUAAUAUGCACAAAAUGUAGGCUUUACAAUUGUCUUCAAACUGCCUUUCAUUUCUCUAGUGAAGCCUGGUGUAAGAUAUAGAGAAAUAGGAAAUGUCAUACAGAAGCAUGCUCAGGCAAACGGAUACUCUGUGGUGCGCAGCUAUUGUGGACAUGGAAUACAUGAGUAAGACCUUACAUUUGUAUCAGAUUUAUUUACUGUAUACCAAUCCCUCAACAUUCCAGCAAGGUAUUCCCAUAAUUAUAUUUAUUCAUCAUGAUCAAAACUUAAAUUCCAGAUAUAUACACAUUAAACACAGGCUCAGACAUAAAACAAUUAUUCAUUUUCAUUUAAAUUGCUUGGCAUUUCUUUUCAUUACCAGUAUAGAAAAUGUAUACUUAAUUUGUAUCUUGGAUCAAUUUCAGACUGUUUCACACAACCCCAAGUGUACCUCAUUAUGGAAGUAUGUUAUUCUGUUCAUCUAACUAAAAUAAUGGUAGAUUUUGUAAAGUCGUUGUUGUUAACUUAUUUUCUUAGAUAUUAAGACAGCUUAAUUUCAGUGUUUUAUUGUGUUUCAUCGUAUCAUUUAUUUCUAGAAAACUUUUUAUAUUUUAAAUAAAACUUGUCCUCAGAAAACAAGGCUAUUGGAAUAAUGAAACCAGGACAAGUGUUUACCAUUGAGCCCAUGAUAAAUGAAGGUAAGACAGCUAGACAUAUUGGAUUUUAUUCCUAACGUCACAAUACCAACAGUUGUGGCUUGUUAAACAAAGGCAGUGUCAAACUACAAUAUUUUUGAUUGGUUUCAUUCAUCAGAUGCUUCUACAUGUUGUUCAUGCGUCGUAAUAACACCGAAUUAAACACAAGAAGUCCUUUUCCAUUAAAAAUGUAACUUUAAUCUAUAAAAAUAUCUAACAGACUGUACAUUUCAUCAAACACAUGUAUAGCGCAGCUUGCUAUAAGAAGAGAAAUAAUACCAUUCCCUUCUUUUUCUUUUUAUGACUGCUGGCAAAUAAGCACAUGUCAAAGACAGUCUAGAUAAUACCUCAUGAUAAUCAUAAAUAUAGUCACCAAGUAAGGCUGGAAGGGCGUUCAUUAACUAUUUACUCUCUCUAAAGACAUAGCGCGCAAUAAAACACAUUCAGUACGCAACAAUUAUUGGUGCACUAUCACUUUUAUUUUAGCUUUGUUCAUUUAAAAAAGGGACCGGAUGAUUGUGACAUAUAAGGAAAAUAUUUGCAUUUAUAAGUGUAUGAGAAAGAGCAAUGGCUUUAUGACUUACACCAAUGGAUAGGGAGGGCAUAAAAAUGAUCCUGCGUUGUGGCCUACAUCAUACUUGUGGUGAAGGUAGUUUGAUUUUAAAGCCAUGUAAAAUAAAGUUAAAUUAAACAUUCAUAUUGGUUUCAGGGACUUGGAGAGAUGAAUCAUGGCCAGACAAUUGGACUGCAGUAACACAAGAUGGCAAACUGUCAGCUCAGUUUGAACACACAUUGCUUGUUACUGAAACUGGCUGUGAAGUUCUUACAAGGCGUUUGGACAAUAAUGGGCAGCCUCAUUUCAUGGAUCACUUGACCUCAUGAUUAUUCUCUAGCUAGCUGAUGCCCUGCAUGAGAUUGUUAAAUUUAUUUUAAUCUCCAAAGCUGGAGAUAGAAUAUAAAAUAAACAAGAAGAAAUUGUCAUAUUUUUAAGAAAAAUGAUACCACUAAAAUUAAUUUAAAUAUUUAUACAUUUCAAAGUGUGUAUAAAACAAAAUAACAUUAGUGGACGUAAUUUUACAAAUUUUGAAAUAGUUCAGAAAAUGGCUGUACAAGUUUUCUGUUAAUUGCACUCUACGCAAACCCACCAAGGAUUUUAAACUAUUUUGUUAAAAUCAUCAAAUCUUUCUUCAAUGCAAGGUGAAGUGAUGUAAGAAAAAAAAAAUGUGUGGUUCUUUGUGAUCCAUUUUUUAAACAGAUGUAACUAAUUCAAGUCUUCUUUAAAAAAAAAUAUAUCUACAAAGAUAUAUUAUACUUAUACCAUUGUCAGCUUGAGGGGAAAAAGGUUAAUAACUAUUCAAUAUAAAAACUGUUAUUAGUUUGCUAUAGCUAAUUAAAGAUUUAUCUGAAAAUAUAAUGGAUCCACCUAUAUACAGAUUAAUUUGUUUUGGAUGAAACAGAAUAAAUUAACGUGACUGACUGGUCUUCCCUGAAGGGGAAUGACAUUAUUUCUGAAAGUUUUUUUUUUUUUCUGCUUGAUGAUAAUUGGUUACAUGUAAAAUAAAUGUCAAUCUCAAUAAAAUAUAUACCAGUGGAAUAUAACUUGUAAGACUCACUAGUAGUACUAGUACAUCUGAAUCAUGGAUUUUUUUUUUAACUUACAGAAGUAUGCCAGAGGUCCUAAGUAUGAGAAAAUUGGGUUUUAGUUGAAAAUGGUUGAGAACCUUUGUUAUCAAUUUUUCAAUAUUAUAUUAACUUAAAUAAUACAUAUUUUAAAUUUAACAAUUACUUUGAAUAUUUUGCAAUAGCUAGUAUGUUUUGAUAGCUUAGAACAGUGCUGUCCAACUUUUCUGACUGUGGGUCAAACAAUUUUUUCCACCCGCACAUAUCUCAAAAGAAAGAUUUUAAAAACCUUUUUUACAACAUUCACAUUAUUAAUACUUCUUACCUUAUGCAUAUAGAAACAUAUGUCCAAUAGCAAUAUCCGCUCAGCAAGAAUAUAAAUAAAGUGAAUAAAAACCUUGGCACUUAUUUAAUGAGGUAUUUGGCUUUGAAAUGUACUUGUUCCAUAACUUGAGUCUUGAGGUAGUUUUCAGUAGCACCUGGCCUCAUUAGAUCUUCUUAAUGGUCGCCAAUCAAAGGGUUUUCUGGGCUUGAUCUUAGUCAUUACAGUUAAAGAGAAUCCAACUUCACUUACAUAGGUUCUUCCACAGAUAUUGUCAAAAUUUUGUUACAAAAUUAAAUUCAUCAGUUGAAAACGGGAUUACGUCAUCCAGAAUUCAUUUGGCCAAGAAUUCUUAGGUAUGUUCAUAUAAAAAAAAAUAUAUAUAUGAUUCUUGCUCUUUCACAAAUCCUAUCUGACUGAAUUACACUAACUAAAAACAAACAUAGCUUGUAUCCUGCUUUCUACUUAUUGAACAUCCCAUGCUCGUAUGUCUGAAUACCAGGUACUUUAUCCCUAUAAUACAGGAUAGGCACACUCUCCCACACCUGUUUAAAUAACAUGGUACCAUAAAUGGUCUACACUGCCCAUCAGUCAUUUAUGACACCUUUAGUAACCCAACUCCAAUCUUGAUUACUCUGACACAGACUUUCCUGUAAUGUUAUUACCAUCCUACAAAGUGCAAUCAUUAACUUGCGUUUCUCCCCUAUUUCACCUAUCUUGAUUCCGAUGGUGACGGAAUGGAAAUUUGUACAAUUACCAUAUAAGCACACAUCACAUUAUUUUUGGUUUCCAAACGCCAUUAGUAAAUUAUACCCGGUAGCCAUUAGCAACUCCCCUGUUCAACAAUACUAAAUCAAAUGAAUGUCAUUUGAAAAUAUUUUCACUAUAAAAUGAUUUAUUUUUUUACACACAUCAUACAAAUUUCUCAAGCUGUUGCUGGCCGUGGUUUGGACAGCACUGGCUUACUUAAUUCCUUUUUUUUUUUUAAAGACUACCAAAUCAGAUUACCCGUACUUGGUAAUUUAUUAUAUUUUUAAAAAAAUCCUACUAAUUUUGUUUAUUUAUAAAGGAGUGCCACAUUAUUUUGUUCUGAAAACAUAAGUUAUUUGUUGACUAAGAAGGUAGUUUUCUUGUAAAACAAACACUACUUAUAAUUUAUAAAGAUUUUUUUUUACUUCUGGAUCACUUGUGCAUUGAAAAUGUUUGUAAAUAAUGUAUAGCUAAAUACUAAAUGCCAGAAUGAUUGCAUACUGCUCAUAAAAAAAAAAUAUUGUGAUUUUAGAAAUAUUAUACUGGAGAGAAAGUGGUGAACAUAAAUUGCAACAAACAAUAUUGCAUUUGUAAAAACAAAUAGUAAAGGAUUAAGUUGUGUGUAAAAUUUGAUGUUUUGUUAAAAACUCCCCUGACUGAUAAUACCACUCACAACUUUGUAAGUUACAGUACUUUAUUACCCUUCUGCGCUCCUCUUAUUGGACUAUUUUUUUGUUUUAAAGUUAAAGUUUGAAUACUAUAAUUUUUUUUUAAGUUACAAAGGAUUAACACUAACACCAAAAAAUAUUUUUUUAAAUAAACACCUUAAUUUUAUGAUUUUAACUUGAAACUUAUUUUGAAGAUUUUCCUAUAAUUUGUUUUUAUGUGCCCUCAAAAUAUGGACUACAUUAAAUUUAAAAGAAGUCAAGUUUCUUCAAAAAAUUGCUCAUCUGCCUAUUGAAAUCCAAUUAAUACUAGUAAUAGUAUUACUUGGAUUUCAAUAAGCAGAUGAGCUUAUUUUUAUAUAACAAACAUGUCUCUUUAUAUCUCCUCUGAAUAAUAAUGUAUGUACUUUAAACUUUAUUUUACAAAUAUGGCAAGAAAUGAACAGUUGUCCAGGUUUGUUAAAAAAUGUCAACGCAUUGGUGAAGGAGUUGUAUUUUCCCCGCAGUACAAGGGAUUUCUAUAGACAUAAACAAAUGGUGAAAUAUUUUACAUGUAAAAUGUAAGUUAGGUCUUAUCUUCACUGAAUCAUCCAUUUAAAAAAAACAAAAAAACUUGUGUUUGAAUCAUUUGUAACUAAUUUAGUUUUAUGUGUUUAAUAAUCAUCUUGUUUUUAUUUCAUUUUUGAAACUGCAGGAGUAGGAGACAAGUUAAAAAUCAAGCUGUAAAGUAAACAUAACAUAAUAAAAGUAGGAUAAUGUAAUAUUAGUAUAAUUAAUAAUAAAAUAUAUCUCCAUGGCUUGAGGUUGUGAAAGAAAUUUAUGUUCCAGUUGUAGCAUUAUAUCCCUAAAAUUAAAUUAUUCUAAGAAACAAAGGAUUGAAUGAACUCAAGUAGAUGUUUUGCUUUGUGAAUGGUGACUAGACAAGGAGCAGAACAUGUGCACACAAGGGCUUAAUGAUGACACUGAUUUUCUACACUUU